AUGGAAAAAAAUAACGAUAAUGUAACAAAUAAUUCCAAUUAUGACGAUGCAUCUGAAAAAGCGACCAACAUAUUGGAAAAUUUACAACCGAACAAUAAAAAAAAUGCAGUCGGGGGAGAUGAUAAUAAAAAAGAAGAAGAAGAGAAAACAUUAUCGGAAGAAGAAGAAGAUGAUCAAUUUUCCGAAGAUUUAUACACGGCCAUCAAUUACAACACAAUCAAUUCUUUAGUGGCAUUAAAAGAAAUAUUGGGAACGGGUGAUACUGAAAACAUUGGCGAUAGUUCGUGGUUUCAGUAUCAUUUUUUACAACACGUUAAUCGUUUGCCGAGUAGAUCAAAUUAUCCAAGUGCAUGGUCACCGUGGGAGGGUAACAGACGAAGAUUGUCCGAGUGUAAAGAAGAAGACGAAGAUGCGGAGGACAAAGAGGAAGAGAAGAAAAAAACGGAGGGAAACGAUUCGGAAAAUGUCGAAACAAAAAUCGAUAGUAAAAUUUCGACCAUAAGUCCGACGCCUCCUCAGACGCCGAAAACUCCCCCUUCUACGACUCCCAAGACACCGUCGACACCAUCUUCAAGACCAACAACUCCUACUGGUUUUACAGCACCAUUGAGACGUAGAUUUGCCAGUGUUGGAAACGUUGGAAGAGAAUCGCCAGGUACUUUAGUAUCGAGUUUACCACAAUACGGAUCCAUGGAACCGGUCGGUAAUUGGUAUUCUACGAGUCGAACCUCUCCAUUGCCUUCUCCACAUUUAGACAAAAGGUUUUUCGAUUGUUCCCUUAUAGAAAUGAAAAGUCAAGCAUCAUCAUCAUCGACUCUCGAUUACGAUUCAAUGGACGAAGUUUGGGUUAAAAGAAAUGAUGUUAAUUUCACACCAGAAACAAAAGAACUCGGAUCUCAACCUUUGCCUGUGAUUGCUGUCGAGGAUCAUAUGACCCCAGGAGCAGAAACUCAAAUGAGACCCAGAGCGGGUACGUGGUCUAUGCCAUCACGUUCAAGAAGGCAAAAAACAACAUCGACAUCUUCACAACCGGAUAGUAAUUCUAGUUCUGGAAGAGUAACGCCGACACCUAGUACCGGGGAUGACAUAUUAACAAACGUGUCGCCAUCUCGUAAAGCUCAAACAAUAUUUGACGCAUUUAGACCCCGUUCAAAAUCCGAUGCAUCGAAAAAUAAAAAACCGAGCAAUAUAAUAAGUCAAAUGAAAAACGCCAUGCACAGAGCAUCGGGAUCAUCUCAAUCAUCUCAGAGUAGAAGUUCAUCGAUUGAUGGAUCAUCCGAAGAAAGGGAAAAGGAUAAACACCACCACCACCACCCCCACCACUCGAACAGAUCUCGUGCCGGAUCGGAAGUUAAAGAUAGGCAAAGAAAUAUGGCGGAUGGUGUUGGUAAAGACAAACAUCAUCCUCAAAGGCCUAGAGCGGGUUCCGAUAGCGGUAAAGGUACCGUAUCGAAAGUUAUGGAUUUGUUCAGGUACAGAAGUCACAGCGCAGUUUCCGCCGAGGAUAAAAGAAAAGCGGUGAGUUUUCUUUUUAUUGUUUUUUAA